GACUGGACACGUCGUUACGGAGAGAGGCUGCAGCAAGCAUCUUCAAAAGUGGCGUGGCAGGAUCGCGAAGGCAUUCUCUUCUGGCGCGGAUCAGACACUGGAUGUUUACAUGCCACGCAGCAAGUCACCACCGAGUGUGGACUCUGGGACAGAAACACGUGGCCACUCUUUCCACGAUCCAAGCUGGUAUUGGCAUCAUCGCUUUUUCCAAGCCGAGUGGAUGCAGUGUUUACAAAAGACACGGUGCAUAAAGACUGCGAGGGUAUUUAUAAUUCGUGCAGAUUGCGGAUCGAGGAAAUUGUCCCACCCGAAGCGCAUGUCCGGUAUAAGUAUGUGGCCUACGUUGAUGGCACUUCUUUUUCUGAUCGCUUGUAUUGGCUUCUGCUGACGGACUCCGUGGUGUUUCGCGCCAACUCCAGGAUCCGUGUUUGGUUGGAUGAAGGUCUACAGGCCUGGAAGCACUAUAUCCCAGUUCGAGAAGAUUUGGCGGACCUCAUGGACCAGCUGGACUGGGCCAAAGAGAACGACCGACGCAGCGCUGAGAUCGCCGCUGAUGCUUCGACAUUCGCCAAGCGCCAUUUGACCUUGGAGGGAAGCUUGUUUUACUUCUACCAGGUACUGCUGCGCUUACCUGGCGUGAUCAGAUUAUCUCCAGAUGAGCUCAAGCAUGAACCUCCAGCGCUUUCUGUGCAAAACCGAGUUGAGGAGAAGGCCACGCUGGACUGCUGGGCCUUGGGAUUCACGCCGGAGUUCUGCUGCAACCUCGAUCG